CGGCCGCCGCCGUCCGAGUUAUUAGUCACCGAGUUCCAGGCCGCGGGAGCGUGGGGUGUGCGGGAGCCGGCUGGCGUUGCCGGCACCAUGGAGUCGCCUCUGAGCCCGGGCCUUUGUCACCGAGCCGACGAGGACUGGGAUUCUACUCUGUUUGCUGAACUUGGCUAUUUCACAGACACCGAUGACCUGCAGUUGGACCCUGCAAAGGAAACUUACGAAAACAAUUUUGAUACCCUUGAUUUUGACUUGGAUUUGAUGCCUUGGGAGACAGGCAUUUUGGACAUCAACAACCAGUUCUGUACAGAUGUGAAGGCCGAACCUCAGCCACUUUCUCCAGCCUCCUUGAGUUGUUCAGUCUCCUCCCCGCAGUCCGUGGACUCUUACUCUUCAACCCAGCACGUUCCUGAGGAGUUGGAUUUGUCUUCUGCUUCCCAGAUGUCUCCCCUUUCCUUGUACGGGGAAGGCUCUCAGAGCCCCUCAGCAGAACCCCUGAAGGAAGACAAGCCCGUCAUCAGCCCAAGGAGCGGAGCUGAAAAUGGACUCACUCCAAAGAAAAAAGUUCAGAUGACUUCAAAACCUUCAAUUCAGCCCAAGCCUUUAAUACUUCCAGCAGUGCCCAAGGCCCAGACCAACUCCAGCGUUCCAGCGAAAACCAUCAUCAUCCAGACGCUGCCAACGCUUCUGCCGUUGGCAAAGCAGCAGCCGAUUAUCAGCAUACACCCUGCGCCCUCUAAAGGUCCGACGGUAGUGCUCUCUCCGCCCACCGUGGUCCAGCUUCAGGCACCCGGAGUCCUGCCCUCUCCCGCCCCGGUCCUUGCUGUCGCCGGGGGAGCCACGCCACUACCUAAUCAGAUGGUGAAUGUGGUGCCGGCCCCUGUGGCCAACAGCCCGGUGAAUGGGAAGCUUUCUGUGACUAAACCUGUCCUCCAGAGCACCGUGAGAAGCGUGGGCUCCGACAUCGCUGUGCUGAGGAGACAGCAACGUAUGAUAAAAAAUCGAGAGUCCGCUUGUCAGUCCCGCAAGAAGAAGAAAGAAUAUAUGCUUGGCUUGGAGGCCAGGUUAAAGGCCGCCCUCUCGGAGAACGAGAAGCUCAAGAAAGAGAACGGCUCGCUGAAGAGGCAGCUGGACGAGGUGGUGUCAGAGAACCAGAGGCUUAAAGUUCCUAAUCCGAAACGAAGAGCUAUCUGUGUGAUGGUGGUGUUGGCAUUUAUAGUCCUCAACUAUGGGCCUAUGAGCAUGUUGGAACAGGAUGCCAGGAGAAAGAAUCCUAGUGUGAACCCCGCAAAUCAGAGGAGGCAUCUUCUAGAAUUUUCUGCUAAAGAGGUGCAAGACACAUCAGAUGGUAUCAUCCAGAAAACCAGCUACAGAUAUGAUCAUUCUGUUUCGAACGAUAAGGCCCUAAUGGUGCUAAGCGAAGAGCCGCUCCUCUACAUCCCUCCCCCUCCUUGUCGGCCUCCGAUCAACACCACAGAAUCUCUCAGGUUAAACCAUGAGCUUCGAGGAUGGGUCCACAGGCAUGAAGUGGAAAGGACCAAGUCCAGAAGAAUGACGAACCAUCAGCAGAGGACCCGCAUUCUUCAGGGUGCUCUGGAACAGGGCUCAAAUUCUCAGCUCAUGGCUGUCCAAUACACAGAAACUUCGAGGAUCAGUAGGAACUCAGGGAGUGAGCUGCAAGUGUACUAUGCAUCACCCAGAAGUUACCAAGACUUCUUUGAAGCCAUCCGCAGAAGGGGAGAUACAUUCUAUGUCGUGUCAUUUCGAAGGGAUCACCUGCUGUUACCAGCCACCACCCAUAACAAGACCACAAGACCAAAGAUGUCCAUUGUAUUACCAGCAAUAAACAUAAAUGAGAACGUGAUCAACGGGCAGGAUUACGAAGUGAUGAUGCAGAUUGACUGUCAGGUGAUGGACACCCGGAUUCUGCACAUCAAGAGCUCGUCCGUUCCUCCUUACCUCCGGGACCAGCAGAGGAAUCAGACCAGCACCUUCUUCGGCUCCCCCGCGGCGGCCACAGAGGCAGCCCACGUCGUCCACGCCAUCCCGGAGUCGCUACAGUAGCCCUCUGGGGCCACGGGGGACAGCAGCGGGACUCUGCCGGACCGAGAGCGGAGAGACACACGCCCCUGCCCGCCUUCUCUGCGGCGAGCUGCCUCGCGGCGGGGUUCAAGGGCGCAAGGAAAGCCGUUGUCCACCGUCUGCCCGGCCACUUGGGAAGCACUGAAACCCAGACCCCGGGGAAAUGGCAUCUCCAAGGGCAGCUGGUGCGCGGGCGGGCUGCUGGCUGGACGUCCUGAGUUGCUUUUUCUUCCGUGUUUCUGUCGUGUUUAAGUAGCCAUCUUUGCAGUAGGCUCCCUGCCUCUGCCUCUGCCGUUUCACCUCCUGAUACAGCGAUUUUGGUUCCGGCUGCACAGCACAGCGGUGUUCCACGGAGCAGCGUUCUUAGCUUCCUGCUGCUCCGUUGUGGCCGUUGUGCUGAUUGGAAAACAGAUUUCAGACAGAACAGCCAACAACACCUCCAAAAAGGUCAAAACAGUUUGGAGCUUUAGGCAAAAGAGGAAAAAAAUUUGAUCUUUAGCUUGGAGUUGUUGACAGGUGACACUGAAUGUGAGUAACUGUGUUGGACACCUGGGGGUGGGGGGGGUGGCAGGUCAGAGAGCGUGAGAUGGAAGAGAAGGGGGGGCCGGGGGGGCCAGCGCUGCUAACACACUUGUUUAAAACACGGCAGGUUUUGAUGUGACUGGAGUUCAGGAUUAAGGCACGGCAGCCAUGCAUCCUGAGGCCGCAGAGCGGCAGCAUGUGCCCCUGUCUGUCCCCCUUACCGGCCCGGGGCGGGUUCCUCGAGGGCCCAGGACAGAGGCUUCACUUUCGCCACAAACUCCCCCGCCCCCCGCCCCCCCCCCACUGCCCACCUUCUGCCACUAGGAUGUGGGAUCCGCCCACGUGACGUGAAGCAAACACAUUUUCUUCUCUUGAGAAUUGAGCUUGGGUUCCUGCUCGGCGAGUGCUUCCCGUAAUGCAGCAAUAACUUUCUCCAGGGAAAAGAUCUUGAAGGAAUUAACUUAUUUGUCCUCCAUGUUUAAAAAAAAAAAAGAAAUAGCC